AUUAUAUUUAGAACCAACGUUGCAUUUAUUAUUGCAACUUUUCAAAUUAAUUAUUUCAGAAUCAUGUCUGGACAAGGUAUUUCUCCCGAAGAGGUGGUUUCACUAUGUCAAACACCGGAUACUUCUACAAGAGACUUCAUGUUCCAACAAACAAUGUACCGCAUUAAGGAUCCAAGGAAGUCGAUUCCAUUCUACACAGGGGUGUUGGGUAUGACACUCCUCAAGCAACUUCACUUCCCAGAGAUGAAGUUUUCUCUGUUCUUCAUGGGGUAUGAGAACCCAGCUGAGAUCCCGCAAGAUGAGCAAGCGAGGUCUGCGUGGGCGUUGACUAGGAAGGCUACUUUGGAGCUAACUUAUAACUGGGGUACAGAGAGUGAUGAUUCAGCUUACCACAACGGUAACAGCGACCCGCGCGGGUUCGGGCACAUCGGUAUCUGGGUGCCCGAUGUGGAGACAGCUUGCGUCAGGUUCGAACAGCAAGGCGUUCAGUUCAUCAAGAAACCUCAGGACGGCAAAAUGAAAGGUCUCGCCUUCAUUCAGGACCCUGAUGGGUACUGGAUAGAGAUCUUCACAACCAGCGUUGUCUAAUUGUUACCUUGCGGUUAUAUGCUCAUGGAGCACAGAAAGAUGUACAGAUGACCUUACACUAUAUUAAUAGCAAAUGUGUUC